AACGACACUCAUUUGUGACAGCUAAACACUUCCGGGUUGUGUCCCCGCCGCUUCUCUGCACAGCUUUAAAUAACAACAUGAAGGUAAGAAGAGGAGGUUAGCAGCCUCUGGCUUCAGAGACUCCCAGGUAUCACACACAGGUUGUCGCUGUGAUAAAACAAGAGGACAGCUGUGUGCUCGUCGCUGCGCCAUGUUGUGUCCCGUGGUUGCGGCUGUCGGCAGCGGGCUGAGGGCUCCUCUGCGCCGGCUGGCCAGCCUGUGUGCUCCCCGCUGCCUCCGUACCUGCGUAACUUACACACAAGGCCAGAGCCCUGAGCCUCGUAUCCGCGAAUACUUCUAUUACAUUGACCAUCAAGGGCAGCUGUUCCUAGAUGACACUAAAGUGAAGAACUUUGUCACUUGCUUCAAAGAUAAGCAGUUCCUGGUCUUCUUCUUCAAUCGCCUGCGUGUUAAUCAGAGCGGGCGCUAUGAGAAACACUUCCCCUUCUUGUCCCUAUGUGGGAGGGAGAGGAACUUCUUGCGCUGUGACGACCGGCCCCUGGUCUUUACCCACCUGCUGCAGGGGCCUACGGGGCCACAGGAACCCGGGCGAGCCCCAGAGCUGCUGUCCUACUGCGGGGGUGGAGAAAAGCUGUCGGUGCCAUUCCGCCCAGAGGCCCUCUACAUGCAUCCGGCCAGCGGGCGGGUGUACCACCCCUGCUCCGAGCGCAUGGGGGGAGUUGGCCUGGUGAGGUCAGCCCUUGCAAUUGAGCUCAGCCCCUUUUUUAUUUACUCACCGGAGCAAGGUCAAUCAGGACAGCCUACACACUUUGUUUGGGGAGGGCAACAGCACACACUGACUGAUGAGCUAGCAGGAUGCUUUCCCCAGGAAGAAGAGAGCGGUGGGCAGGAGGGAGGAAUGGGCUAAUGCACAAACUGUGAUGUUUGAAAAUGCAUUUAUCCUGUCAAAAAGGUGACACAUAGCAUUGAUGGCUCAUAUUUUAAGUGUGAAACAACAUCUGCCACAUUCUCACGCUUGUGAUUACAAUGUACUGAACAGUGAUUGUUACUGAUCAGAGCCUGAUGCAAUGGCAACUUUUGAGUAUAUAUAAGAACUGGCUUGCAAUGUUCACUGAUGAUGCAGGCUGUGUGACUGACUGUAUUCUGCUAAGUAAGGCCACAAUGGGUCAAGUGAAGAGGUUGAAAGCUGCUAUGUGGAAAUUAUGUGAUAGACACCCACAAAAAAACAAACAAACAAACAAAAAAACUAUUCUCAGCUGUCUGUUCAUCUUUCACCCUGUUUUUAAGUCAACAGCCUGGGUGGUGCUGCGUUCUAGCAUGUAAAGAUAAUAUUCAGUCACCUGGAAAGAGUACAUUAGAUGAAACUGAAAUGACCUCAAAGGGGAAGCUCGGCUGUCACAGAAGCAGUGUUGUAUAGAGACUUGGUCAAAUAAUCACACAGCAACAGAACACUAACUAUGCUACAAUGUCUUCAUUGCUAAAUUUACAGGUUAGCAGACCUUUGCAGUGUCCAGAUGAAUAGACUCUGGGUUAAGCUUUAUAUGAAGGUCAUUAUAAUAAAUGUUAGUUGAUAGGUAAGAAGUCCAUUAUAAGGUGCUUAUUAACAUUAGUUAAUGCUAUUGUUAUUAAUACACUUACAUAGUCCUACUAACAUGUAUUAAUGUUAAUAAACAUAAAGGACUUUUAAGGGCCCUAUUUCCUAUUAACUAACACUCAUUAUGAUGACCUUUAAAUAAGCCAUAAGACAAAGGAAAUAUUUAAUUAUUUUUCAGAAAUAAGAUUAGCACAAUGCCAGGAUCAUAAAGGAGCUAAAAUGUAUGUGACUGGCCACAUGUCCAGGGUGUUUCCUGCCUUCUGCCCAAUGAGCGCUGAGGUAGGAUCCAGCAUCCCGGCCUGUGACCCUGAAUGGGAUAAACAGCUUGGAAAAUGAAUGAGUGAAUUAAUGAAUGAAUUAAAUUUGUUCAUUAAAAUACAGCAAUUUCUUUACAAACAGGUACAUCACUGUAGAUGCAAUCAAACCCUGACUUGAAUAAACCAACUGAACUUUGUUCAU